UUUUUUUUCUUGUGUGUGAAUUGUGUGAUAAAUGAUAAAGUUUUGAUUUGAUUCGUUCAUAUUUUUAAAAUUAAAACUAGCGUGUAAUUUAUCCUUUAUUUGUGAAUAAUUUCAUAUCUGACGAUCGAUAUUUUAUGCCAAUAACCGUUCUUAGAAAACUAGACGUUAAAUUAUUCAUUUCCCAGCCAUUUCUGCGUACCAUUUCAUCACAGGUUAUCAAAAUGUCCAGUAAAAGGAAAACGGCGGGAACGUCUAAUCAAAGUAUUAAGAAAUUUUUAAAGACCGAUUCAUCAGAAGAAAGUAAAUCAGAAGUUCCUGAUACUUCGAGCUCCAAAGAAUUGAAGAGUUUCGAUGCAUUUAUGGAGAAAAUCGAAUCAGAUAGAGCUAAGGCUGCAAGUUCUAUUAUGGAGUUCAAAUUCAACAAAAAAAGAGCUAGGGUACUUUCUUCUGCUACUGAUUUCCCAGACUGGGGUACCGGAGUAAUUUAUUGGAUGUUCAGGGACCAAAGAAUACAAGAUAAUUGGGCUCUAUUGUACGCUCAAAAGCUUGCUAUCAAGAAUGAAGUUCCUUUACACGUAUGUUUUUGCAGACUUCCUAAAUUUUUGGACGCUACAAUACGCCACUUUGAUUUUAUUUUCAAAGGCUUGCAAGAAUCUGAAAUCGAAUGUAAAAAAUUGGAUAUUCAAUUUCAUUUCUUAAUCGGUUGCGGAGCUGAUAUCUUACCGGAAUUUGUUGAAAAAAAUAAACUCGGAGCGGUGGUUAUCGAUUUCUGUCCUCUUAGGUUACCUCAAACAUGGGCUGAACAGUUGACCAAAACAUUACCGAAAGAUGUCCCUCUAAUACAAAUCGAUGCUCAUAAUGUGGUCCCUUGUUGGCACGCUUCUGAUAAAAAAGAAUACGCAGCUCGUACAAUUCGUUCAAAAAUAAAUAACAAACUCGGUGAAUUUCUGACAGAUUAUCCUCCAGUAGUAAAACAUCCUUUUAAAUCGUCAUUCAAAGCUGAAUCCAUCGAUUGGAGCAAAGCAGGCGAAAGUCUCGAAGUGGACAGAUCUGUAGGUCCUGUUACUACUUUUACUCCAGGAUACAAUGCUGGAAUGAAAAAUUUAUACGAAUUUGUCUCAUCUCGUGUCAAAAUUUACGAUGAUGCACGUAACGAUCCGACUAAAGGAGCUUUAAGCAACAUUUCACCCUGGCUGCAUUUCGGUCAAAUUUCUCCUCAAAGAUGCGCCCUAAGUGCAAAAAAAUUCGCCUCAAAGUACAAAAAAAGUGCUGAAGCGUUUUGCGAAGAAUUAGUCGUACGACGAGAACUGUCUGAAAAUUUCUGUUACUAUAACAAAAACUACGAUUCAAUCGAAGGAGCUGAAAAUUGGGCUAGAACAACUUUGAAUGAUCACAGGAAAGAUAAACGAGAAAAGGUCUACACCAAGGAGCAACUAGAACAAAGCAAGACACACGAUCUCUUAUGGAAUGCAGCUCAAAAACAGAUGGUGGUUGAAGGCAAAAUGCACGGAUUUUUACGAAUGUAUUGGGCUAAGAAAAUAUUGGAAUGGACUAAAAGUCCAGAGGAGGCGUUAGAGAUCUCAAUUUAUUUAAAUGAUAAAUACAGUAUGGAUGGUAGAGAUCCGAACGGUUAUGUUGGUUGCAUGUGGUCCAUUUGUGGAACCCAUGAUCAAGGAUGGCGUGAAAGAGCAGUCUUUGGAAAAAUCAGGUACAUGAACUAUGACGGUUGCAAGAGAAAAUUCGAUGUUUUAGAAUUCAUCAGGCGUUACAAGAAUAAGUGACCUAAGGUCAUCGUUAAUUUUUAAUAAUUCAGUAUUUUUAUAGAUUCGUGUUGUUUGUGAGUCAUUUUUUUUAUCGAUGAAACAUGUUUUUUUUAAA